AUGAAGGUCCUUCUGCUUUUAUUUUUAGUAAGUGUCACAUUUGCAGACCCUACAGUUUUCUUCAAGGAAGAAUUUGCUGAUGGUGCAAAAUGGACAGAAAGAUGGGUGGAGUCUAAACACAAAUCAGACAUUGGAAAAUUUGAGUUGUCUGCUGGGAAAUUUUAUGGAGAUGAAGAAAGGGAAAAGGGUUUGAAGACAACUCAGGAUGCUAGAUUUUAUGGGUUACCUGCUAAAUUUGACAAGUUCAGCAAUGAGGGAAAGACUCUUGUUGUUCAGUUUUCGGUGAAGUAUGAACAGAAUAUCGAUUGUGGAGGAGGCUAUGUGAAACUGUUCUCAAGUGAUCUAGAUCAGACUGACAUGCAUGGAGAUUCUCCUUACAAUAUUAUGUUUCGACCAGAUAUUUGUGGACCCGGAACCAAAAAAGUUCAUGUUAUUUUCAACUAUAACGGAAAGAACAUGUUAGUCAAAAAGGACAUCAGAUGCAAGGAUGAUGUCUACACACAUGUGUACACAUUGAUUGUUAAGCCGGAUAACACGUAUAAGGUCAAAAUUGACAAUGAGAAGGUUGAGAGUGGAGAUUCGGAGUGUGACUGGGAUUUCUUGCCUGCAAAGAAUAUUCCUGAUCUCAAUGCCAAAAAGCCAGACGACUAGGAUGAGCGUUAGAAAAUUGAUGAUCUGAGUGACACCAAACCAGAAGACUGGAACAAGCCUGAACACAUCCCAGAACCUACAGCCAAGAAGCCUGAUGACUGGGAUGACGAGACGGAUGGGGAAUGGGAACCACCUAUGAUUGAUAACCCAGAAUUUAAGGGAGAGUGGAAACCUAAGCAAAUUGACAACCCAGACUACAAGGGCAAGUGGGUUCAUCCUGAGAUUGACAAUCCUGAAUACAAACCGGAUGAUAAGCUGUACAGAUAUGAAGAUUUUGGUGCUAUUGGCUUGGACUUGUGGCAGGUGAAGUCUGGAACCAUCUUUGACAACUUCCUAAUUACAGAUGACGUAGAUUAUGCUUAACAGUUUGCAAGGGAUACAUGGGGCAAGUCUAAGGAUCUUGAGAAAUCAAUGAAAGAUGCUCAG